UCUCUCUUGUUUUGAAAUUCUCUCAUAUCAUCUGAUCUGUCUCUCCGACAAAACAACCAAAUUUGGUUUGAGAAAAAUCCGAAACAACUUCCACCCAGAUUCUCUCUCUCCCUCUCUCUGUUUAUACUCUGAAUUUCACACUCUCUGUCUCUACUGCUUAUAUUGAUUUCCAUGAUUUUUUUGAGUUCAAAAGAUUCAUUGGUUUUUGCUAAUUUUUCUCUUUAAGAUUUUCCUCUUAAGAUACCGAUCUUUGACUUUCUACAAUGAGAGAUUUGGGUAAUCUUUUUUGUUUUCAAUUCUCUAUAUUUUCUUCCUCUUAUUAUUUGAUUUCGAAUUAUGGGUUUCUCGUGAAUUUCCAGAUUUGGGUGGGCUCUGUAUAAUUACCUGGGUUUGCUCCAGAUUCCUUGAAAAAUGUUCCUUUUCUGUAACAAAAAAUUUUGGGAGAAAACCAUUGUCAAGAUCUCACCGAGAAUUUAAGAUUUAUAAGUGGAGUUUCUAUCUAAAUCAUUGCCACUCAUUUGGGUUUGUUUCAGAAUUCCUUGAAAAAUUCUUAUUUUUGUGUGUUUAAUUAGAUGGAAGAUAACAGGAAUGGCACAGGAAGACCAAACCCCAAAGUGCAGCAAUACUAACGGCGGCGGGGGUGGUGGUUGCGGCGGCAGUGGUGGUGGUGGUAGAUCUUCCAAAAAGCAGAAGCCAAAGAAAGUGCCACAAAGAGGACUUGGUGUGGCACAACUGGAGAAGAUCAGACUAGAAGAACAGCAAAAGAAAGAUGCCUCCUCUAUAGUCUUGACAACACCCCCACCACCUCCUCCCAUACCACCAAAACCUUCAUAUUCAUCUGUAAUGCCAAUCUUCAAUUACAAUCCCUCAAAUCAAUCUACCAAUUCGACCGGUCUUUUAUCGCGGAAUUGGGUCUUUACGCUGCCUCAGUCUGUAGAGAUUCCUAGUCCAAACACUGUUCCAUUGGUUCACUCUCUUGGGUGGCAAUCUGGUCCAGUUCCGGGUUUUGUCAAUGGUUCCAAGGCCUGGAAUUGUCGCGAUUAUUAUGAUCUUGAUAAUGAGACUUCUUCUGAGGUUGAUCCGGGUUUGGCAUUUCAGACGAAUUCGAAUUUGCCUCAUGAAUCAACCCCCAUUUGGCCUCUACCUAGUAUGAUCCAAAGAGCACAGCAAUUCCUACAGCCUCCUUCAAUGCAGGUGAAUGCCUCAUCAAGAAAUUCAGCAUCAUCGCUACUAAAUUUCCAGAUAGAGCCCCCUUCAAACCAAAUUUAUUAUGGCAAAUACACAGCAGUACCUGCUAUGUGGCCUGAGGAUGAGAAGAUGGUUGGCAUGAGGAGACCAUAUCAAUUCUCCAUGGACAAUCAUUCAUGCCCUCAUUCUUUCCUCUACAAAUCCCCUGUCAUUGCUCAUUCAAUCAGCAGCAAAUCGGAUGAAUCCAGCAACAGUGACGCGUUUUGUUUCGAACCAGGCAACCAUGGUUUCAGAGAAGGUCCUGCUCCAUGUUCUGCUGCUUCAUUCUCCGAGCCCGAUUCGAAGAAAUGUAACAGAAGCAAUGGUGAUUUUCUCUCAUUAGCCCCUCCUUCACCCUAUUUAGCAUCACAACAAAGCCAUGAAUUGCCUGAUUUCGGAUCACUACCUUAUCAAGAAAAUGUGAAUGAUCCGAUGCUGCAGCCGCCGAGACCCAGUCCCGGUCGUUCUUAUCGACUACAACAGCCUUACUAUAGCUUCUUUCCGCUGGCAAUGGCAAAGAAUGGACAAGAAACAAGCACCAUUAAUGGUGGUAGUGAAGUGGGAGAAAGUCUUGAUCUCAAUUUGAAGUUGUGAACAAACUACCAACAAAUUUUUUUCAAACUUUUUUGCUUGUCACUUUGUGAGGCCAUAAUAGGAAAUUGAGUCUCCCUCAUCUCCUUCCAUGUAUUCAAAGAAACUACACAAGGAGACAGGGCCGGCCCAAGCCCAAAGCAACCAAAUCUAGGGCUUUGGCCACCAGGCCGGCCCAAGGCCCAAGAUGCGCCAUAUCAUUUUCGAGCAAUUUUAUAUACAUAUGCCUCGUAGGUUCAAGUUGAUUGAAGGGAAAACAAUCAUGUUAACCAUCAAACCAACUGUAUCUUUUUCUCAUCUAUGUAAAUAAAUAAAUAAAUAUGAGCCUAUGAGGCAUCAUUCUACUUACAUUUUUUUUAGGCUAACUUAGUUGCGGGCUUAUAUAUCUUACUCAAUAUAUAAGCCUAAAUAAGUAAUCAACUCAAUUCUCAUCUUAAAUCAAAUAGUUUAUUUAUUAGGUAAUAAUCGAUGAACAAUCUAAGAAUCCCAU